AUGGCGCAGGCUACAGACUCGAAGCCUGAUGAUAAAAGCAUCUACAAAUUCGCCAGUUCAGAUGGGACAUUUAAGCGUCAAGUCUCGUCUUUCAGGUCGUGGAUCUCAGAGGAGCCUGGAGCGAGAUUUCCUCCUGAGAAGGAUCGUUAUGUCUUAUAUAUCAAUUUUGGAUGCCCGUGGGCUUCGAGAGCGAACCUUGUGAGGACGCUGAAGGGCUUGGAGGAGGUGAUCCAGAUGGUUGUCCUGGAUUGGGAGCUGUUUCCUGAGGGGUGGUCAUUCACCGGUCGCGAUGGAACAGACGCAGCCGACCCUCUAUAUGGUUUCAAACGCCUCUCAGACCUCUACUUCAAAGCCGAUCCUUCAUAUUCAGGGCGCUAUACCGUCCCCAUCCUUUGGGACAAAACCCACCAGACAAUAGUCUCCAACGAAUCCUCCGAAAUCAUCCGCAUGUUCUACAGCUCCUUCGAUGCUUUCCUCCCACCCUCCCUCCAAGAAAAGAACAAACCAUCUGGCGGUCUCUUACCCCCGAAUUUGCUCCCCCAAAUUGACGAGAUGAACACCUGGGUCUACGACAUGAUAAACAACGGCGUCUACAAAGCCGGCUUUGCUACUACCCAGUCAGCCUACGAGGAUGCCGUCCGCGCACUCUUCGCCUCCCUUGACCGCAUCGAAGCCAUCCUUGCCUCUUCCCCAGGUCCCUUUCUAUUCGGGCCGCACAUCACAGAGGCCGAUAUCCGACUCUAUCCAACAAUCGUGCGGUUUGAUGUCGCGUACUACACCCUGUUUAUGUGCAAUCUGAAGAUGAUCCGGUACGAGUACCCGGCGAUUCAGAAAUGGCUGCUGCGGCUAUUUUGGGACGAGAGCGAGGAGACGAGGGGUGCGUUUAGGGCAUCGACGCAUUUCGAUGCGAUCAAGAAGGGAUAUGCUCAUACCCCAAGACGGCAGAUUGUUCCUUUGGGGCCAGAGAGGGAUAUACUGCCUCUGGAAGGCUGA